UAUAUCAUACGAUAUCACGAUCAAGGUCAGGGAAGGAACCUGCGCUUGGUUGCUCACAAACAUGAAUCAGCAACCAACUGACACGAUUUUCAUAAUCAUAAGAAGGAGAUUGAGAAUGCGAAGUGGACACGUUUCAAUUUCUCUUUUUUACUCUGCACAAUCUUAGAUUACUACGAAAAUAUAUUUUAUUUAACAGUGAAUGACAAUCGAAAUUCAAUUGGAUUUUUAUUCUGCUACAAAAAUACACACUGGCAGUUCGCUCUUGUGUGUACCUCGUAUUCUAUGGUAGUACCCUAACCUAACGAACCCACGUGUUUACGAGAUUCAAAACAAUCCUUCGACCGGGAGAUCAACAGUCAAAGAAGACGAUUUAUUCCAAUAGACAUGACAGUGAUAUGAUAAACAGUGAGUUGAACGAUUAUAAAAAUGUCGCGAAUCAGCGAUACGAGAGAAGUGAUAAUAACCAGCGAUAGCAACAGCGAGCACUGGAGUGCCGCGGUUUGGGACCCUCGAACAGGAUCGACCUUGUCAACCUACAAGAAUGCCGGAGCCCUCGCUCAUCGAACCCUUCAGCUUCUAAGCGAUAGCUACAUGAUCGGUGCAGAUCUGACGAAGCCACGAAUACACAUCUGGCCUCUGAACAAUCAUUCACCCGUUCCCAACCUGAGACUGACACCUCCUGGCAAGGUGACAGCCCUGACCUCCAGCCCGAACGGCUCCUACAUCGUCGCAGCGAUAUCUGAAAAACUCUUUAUCUGGCAAGUCUGCAAUGGACGACUUUUGGGAAAUUUAUCCCAGCAUUAUCAAACGGUCAGCUGUUUAUCGUUCAGUAAAGACGGUUCGCUGUUCGCGAGUGGUGCCGAGGACGGUCUGGUGUUCGUCUGGUCCUUGUAUCGAGUAUUGAACGACGACAGACCUGCGCCAGUACAUGCGUUCUCUCACCAUUCUCUACCGGUAAAGGAUCUGCGGUUCGGUCACGGCGGACCGCUUGGAAGACUGUUCUCCGUGUCUCUGGAUCGAACAUGCAACGUUUACGAUCCGGCGUCCGGAUCGCUGCUGCUCACCCUCGUAUUCAACGUGCCCCUCACCUCGGUCUGUGUGAACGCGCGCGAGAGUGAUUUAUUCGUCGGCUGCACCGACGGCGCCGUGUAUCGAUUCAAUUUGCACGAGCCCCCACGUGGAAUAGAGCAUCACGUGCACCCACGAGGAGGGGAAUCGAACGAUUCGGUGGUCUUCCGGGGACAUGAAUUACCCGUAGUGUCUCUGUCCGUGUCGAUCGACUGCCGAUACUUAAUCUCAGGCUCUGGUAGCCAAGUUCACAUUUGGGACAUCGCUAGCCGUCAGAUAUUAAGGACGAUUACACACAAGGGACAAAUCACUGCCGCGUUUUUCGCGAAACACUAUGAGAACUUUCGCGUGAACGACCUUAAACCGAGCUUGAAAUUAUCUAAUCUACAGAGGGUAUCCGAUGAUACCGGGAAGGAGAGUUUGAUCGAGGUGAUUUCGAGGGACAGGCAUUCGGCGGAUAUUUUGAACUUCGAUUUAUACGCGGAGAACAAUUCAGGAUCGACGUCCAGGCAGAUUGCUGAGAUGAAGGAGGAGAUAGACAACCUGAAGAAAAUCAACGCUGCUAUUUAUCGGUAUAGCGUGGAAGCCGUUCUGGGACAAGAAUGAGUGGACUCCGAGGAGGAACUUCGACUGAAUACUGUGUUUUAAUAAUAAUGAACUUUAGAAAGUUUUUAUGCUAGUACUGACCACAAUAAAGCAUACCUGUUAUACCCUCUUCACAAUGCAGUUUUUUCCCAUCGCUUUUUGUUACCUUCUGGAACUUAAAAACAAGCUAACGAGAAAAUGUAUGCAAGUUAUUUUCUAUUAUGAAAUUAUUAAAGAGGAUUUUCGUAUGUAA